GCGGCGGCGACGUUUCUCAGUCUUCGGUGUGGGCUCGCUGGCGCUGGCAGGGCUGUGGGGCGGGCUCGGUAGUCGGCGGUGGCGGUGGCCCUAGGCGGGGAGGGCCGCUGCGCUAUGGGGCGGCGGUAGACUGGCUCGGAUCUUAGAGGCUACAGGCUGCCGCGGUCCUCCGGCCUGCAGCGAACUUAGGCGGGGCUCAGGGGUGGGGAGGCCCGGGGCGGGGGUCGUCCCGGGCUGCGUGGGGCUGCGGGGCGGGGCUCGCAGGCAGUCGGGCAGCAGGAGGCCUGGGCAGCCGCGAGGAGCGCCGCUGGCCGCUGGGCCCCGCCGCCAGGCCGCUCGACGACGACGCUCCCGCGGGAGACUAGCCUGAGGAGGACGCGGCGGCGGCGGCGAGGCCGCGGGAGGCCGCGGAGGAUGGAGGAGCGGAAGGAAGAGGGCGAGGCGGAGAUCCAGGAGCACGGGCCCGAGCACUGGUUCUCCAAGUGGGAGCGGCAGUGCUUGGCCGAGGCCGAGCAGGACGAGCAGCUACCGCCGGAGCUGCAGGAGGAGGCGGCGGCCGCGGCGCAGCCUGAGCACAAGCAGCAGAAGCUGUGGCACCUUUUCCAGAAUUCGGCCACCGCCGUGGCCCAGCUCUACAAAGACCGAGUGUGUCAGCAGCCAGGACUUUCUCUCUGGGUCCCUUUCCAAAACGCAGCCACCGCCGUCACCAACCUCUACAAAGAAAGCGUGGAUACCCAUCAGCGAAGUUUUGAUAUUGGAAUUCAGAUUGGCUAUCAGCGACGCAAUAAGGAUGUGUUGGCUUGGGUUAAAAAGCGCAGAAGAACUAUUCGUAGAGAAGAUUUGAUCAGCUUUCUGUGUGGGAAAGUUCCUCCACCACGAAACUCUAGAGCUCCCCCAAGACUGACUGUAGUGUCCCCUAACCGAGCUACUUCAACGGAAACUAGCUCAUCUGUAGAGACUGAUUUGCAACCCUUCCGGGAAGCCAUAGCUCUGCAUGGUCUUAGUGGUGCAAUGGCUAGUAUAAGCGUGCGUUCGAGUACCCCAGGCUCUCCUACACAUGUAAGCAGUGGAUCGAAUGCUAGUCGAAGGAGAAAUGGACUCCAUGAUGUCGAUUUGAACACUUUCAUAUCAGAAGAAAUGGCACUCCACUUGGACAAUGGUGGAACUAGAAAGCGUACCUCAGCCCAGUGUGGCGAUGUCAUUACAGACUCACCAACCCAUAAACGCAACAGAAUGAUCUAAACUGAAAACAUUUUCACACCCACCAUGCUGCUUGAAAGCCACUUGAUCCUCAACAUAUACUAUUAUUGCAAAGGAAACAUGAGGCCAUCUUCCCUUGUUCACUGUUUAAGACAAGUGAAUUCUAUAGUGGUUGCCAUAAAUGGAAGUUCUAGGUAUUUACAGUAGAUGCCUCUUGUAACUAUGGCUUUCUUAAAACUAUAAUCCUAGCAGAGGACAUCAGAUAUUGUGUAGUCGUUAGCAAGAUCAUCAUAGGCAAACAUAUAUCCGUUCCAAGGCUAAAAGUGACCUUAACUGUAUUUAUUCUCAAAGGGAAAGGAAAUAUCAGAUGUUUAUUUGGUUAUAGAAUGCUUUUUUUAAAAAAAUUUCCUGCUGUGUUGAGUAUUUUGCUUCAACAGUAUUGCCAGGUUCCUAAAAUUGUCUAAAACACACGAUUUGGCUUCCUCGUCAAAUCUGCAGGCUUCCAUUUUUUGCACAGCAGCACUAUAUCAUGCACCUGGUUUCUAUAUAGUAACAGUGUGCAACUUCUAAUUAUCGAACUGUGCUCUGUUUUUAGUUUUCACAGCAGUUGCAAAUUCUGGUGAUUGUGUGAUGUAAAGAGGUGCUAUGAUGGUCAUGCAAUUAAUACUUAAUAUUGAAUCAAUACAAAGAACUUUAUUGGAUUCACUUCGUGUGUGUUAGUGCUCUAAAAGUAGCAAUAAUAUUAAAUUGCCCCCAGAUUAACCCUGUAGGCUUAAACUCCAGUUUUAAGACAAGUACUGCUUCCCAUGCAGGGUACUAUACUUAAGGUAAAUGUAAACAUGUAGACUAUACUCAAGGUGGCCUAAAGUAGAGAGGUCGUGAACUUUGAGAGAGGGCUUCCUCUUUGGUUUGGUAUUCAUGAGAGGGAGAUGGAUGGUGGGAGGGUAGGUAUUCCAGUCUUUCUGUUACGCUUUACAUUUCUCAUGAGUGCCCUACUUUGUGCAGUUUCCAUUGGAAUGGGUGGCAGGUAAGAAAAGGUCUUUUAUCUGCUUAUAAUGUGAUUACAACUUAAAUAGCAAAACCCAACUCUCCAGUCCCUCUCUUAAAAAGUGCUGUUUGGAUUCUCAUUCUGGAAAAGAUGGAAUCGCAUGGAGGUUCUCUAGAUGUUAGGUAGACCUAAAUAAAAAUUCCCACUAUAUUUCUCUUUUGGGUAAAUAUAAGACCUCUUGUAGCUACUAUGUUUUAGAGCAUGUUUCAUCUUCAUUUUUAAUACCUUCAACUGAAUGAUAGUCUUUUUUAGAUGAAGAACUGAUGUCAGCCUGCCAGGUACUGUAAUUUAUUCUAUCAUAUUAUUAUAUAAUAUAUAUCAAGUAGGACAGUGAAAAAUGUUUCCUUGCAAAUUUGUAGUCCAAUAUCAGUUACUUUCUAUUUUUAUCCUUAAAAGACCAUUGCAAAUCUAAUGUAAGGAUUUUUCCCGUAACUUUUACAGCACUUUGUUAAAGUUUGCAAUUUCUCCAGCCAUUUAAUAAUACCUUUAUGUGAAGAAACUUUGCUAAGUUAGCCAUAAUAUUCAUGGACUGGGUGGGAUGUGAAUAGAAUGUUAGAAAUGUGUGACCUGAGUUCUGCAAUCAUAUAUAAAACCUUUAUUUAAAGUCAGUUUCAUACUAGAGGAAUGAAAGGAGAGGUAUUUCUAAAUUUUGGCAAAAGUGGAUCAUUUUUAUUUGACUAUUAUAGCAGGAAGAAUUACAGCAACCUAUCAUUUUAUCUGAAAUGGACAAGCCUCCUCUGUAUUAGGAAUACUUGCAAGCUGCACUUUGGACUGUAGUAAGAAAUGCAGUUGGAGUUACCUGUGUUUUUCUGUCGUAAAUUUAGAUUCUGGAACUGGGGUUUGGUGGUGUGAUGUGUUGCUCACAAUUGGCCAGAACUCCUCCUAAAGGAUUUUUUGAGAUUGAGGAAUACAUAUUUAAUCUCCCCUUUGUACCUUGGUUCUAGUUCCUCUUUCCAAGUUGAGUGGCAAUUUGGGGGGGGGGGUUGUUUUAGGUGGUGCUCUGAUGCUUAAUCUCAGUACCCUUUACUCUCAAUUGUCAAAUUUUGGUAAAACAUGUGCCAUUUUCUUUGGUAAGAGAACGCAGGUGUUACUGUCUGCCAGAACACAAUUUAUAUGCCUUAUUGGCUGCAUUAAACUUUUUGAAAAGUAGCAUUUGUUAAUUUUUUCCAUUGCAUUUAAUCACUUGUAACUCCCUUCUUCCUUUUCUAUCCCAUUGUUCUUUCUCCCUUGUGCCCCCUGAGUGCAGAUUAACCCUGAGACCUAAGGAUAGAAAGGGAAAUGAUUUCUUAGGAAAAGUUAGUUCUGACUGCUAGAUUUUUGAACCUUUUCUUUGUACCAUUUUAGAUGCAAAACAAAUCAUGGAAGAUUGCGUAUUUGUGUGGUACUUUUUAAAAUUUUUCCUUUUUUCGGUCUCUUGAGAACAUUGUAGGCUGAAUUUUAAAACUUACCACUUUGCUUUUGGGGAACAGAACCUGUUUUCAUCAUAAGGUAGAUUCUCUGAUUCUUUUAGACUUCAUAGCUCAUUACUUCUGUUCCUGUCAUCCUAACUUGGCAUGAGUGGAUUGAAGUCAUCCUUAAACUGCAGUUGUUCUGAGCAUGGCUGAAGCAUUAAAAACUUAAUUAUAAUGUCUGGUAUUUUACAAAGCAAAAAUAAUGGAAAAUAUUUGGCUGAACCUAAAGUCCUACAGUCAAAUUCUUCAAUGUGGUUUAUCCAACUGGAGUAGGUGGUACACACCAUAAAUCAUUUGAUGAAUAAAUAAUUAUAAAAAACAAAAAACUAUGGGGCUUGUCUGCAGUUUUGUUUUGGUCAUCACACCUGAAUAACUCUUUGUUGUAAUCAAAUGAAGUCCAGGCUUUUAAAAAAGAACUAGCCUUCUACAUUUUUCCCCCUAAGGGCUAUUGGAACUCAUUAAAUUUGAGUAACUAUGGCUUUGGGCCUUAUUGGUUUCCCUACAGCAGUGAAAGUUGGCUGGCUUCCUCUACAGUAGGGGAUGGCCAAGAUCUGACCAUGAGGUGAACCAUCUCAGUGCAGUGAGGAUGCAUGAUACCAAGAGAUGGUUGGAAAUGGAGUCAUUAGUUGGGAACAGGGACGGCACAGUUAAUUUUAGAAUGUUAUGAACAAAUUAUUAAAUUUUUGGUAUGAUUACUACCUAGGUUUUUUGAGAGGUGUAGUGACUUAGUAGAUCAAUCUCGUUGCAUUAUAUUUCAUACAGCUGUGUCUUUGUCUAUUAGGUUGAUUAGUAGGUGUCUAGUGAUGAGGUUAGACAUCUUCAGAAAGAUACUCUCUCCUCUUGGAAUGGAGUGACUUGGAAGGUUCCUCCAAACAAGAUCCGAAAAAGCCUUAUUUAUUAAAGUUAAAAAUUUAAGAUUCGUUAGAUUGUUCUGAUCAGAUGUUUAUAGUGCUUGCCCACCUCCCAACUCCCACCCCCCAUCUCCUUUGAAAGCUGUUAACAAAUUUGAUUAGUUCAGAUGACCUUACCACCUAAGGCUAGCUUGCAGACUCCCCACUGGAAUGUUUCUGGAAUGUGUGGUGUUUUAGUGGGAAGAGUAUUAUGGCUGUUAUUCUGUAUGUUGGACUGAUGCAUUUGAUGUAGUGAGACCCAGGGUUUUAGUUCCUAUGAUGGGACAUGCAUGUUCUCUGUCAAGUUCAGCAGGUAGCAGCCUAUGAUAAUGAGCAGGUUUUGCAGAUCAAACACAAAUUUGUAGCCCUCAGCUAAACGGGGAAAUGUCAUUGAUACUAUUCCAAGUUUCCAGUGGCCCCUUAUUUUAUUUGUAUGGAAUUAAUUCUCUAAAGAACAUCUAAAACUGCAAAACUUAAGCACAUAACAGCUUAUAGUGUAUAUAGAUCUUUGUACAUCAGAAUAUACACAUGGUGGUGGUUUAUGACCAAGUAAUAUGCUAUUGUAUGGGUGGGCCUUCAUGGUAGUCAGUUUUUCAUAAUUAUUAGUACAGUGGUGAAUAUUCUAGUUUCUUUAGGUUUCUGUAGGGUAAAUUUCUGCAGGUAAAAUUGGUGGUUCAAAGGAAUUCAUAUUUAGAAUUACAAGCCAACUAUACAGUUAAAUUUUUUUUUUAAAAAGCUGUUUAUUGAUUUUAGAGAGGGAGAAAAACAUCCAUGUGAGAGAGAAACAUCAAUUGAUUGCAUCCCAUAUGGGUUAGAAUCGAACCACCAACCUUUUGGUGUAUUGGAUGGUGCUCCCAACAACUGAACUGCACUGGCAGGGGCCAGAGGAAUUAAUAUUUAAAAUAUUGGUGAGUCCUUCUGCAAGGAAUAGUUAACACUAUGAACACGGUGACAAGAGUGCCUUUCCCCUUAUUUCUUAGCCAGUGUUGGCUAGCUAUACUAGCAGGCAGAGGUGAGCUUACCAUUUUCAUUUGCUUUUUGCCCUGUCAUAAGGAGAAAGAAUCUUUGCUUGAAAUUAUGUGGAUUUGACUGCUGACCUCACUACUACUAUGGAUUGGAACCUGAGCUUCUUUGGGCUCAAUUUUGUCAUCUGGGAAAUACAAUAGAAAAAAAUGGCACGAAGCUUAGUGACUUGAAUUCUAUGGAUAAUUUAUAUCUACAUUUGUAAUCUGCCUCCCAUCCAUAGAGCCCCUGAGGGCUCUGGAAUGGCUGAUAGUUUUAAAAAAAGGUUCCACUGAAAAAAUUAACAUACACCAUUUCUGUAAAGUGUGAGACAAUUAGUAUGAAGGCCCUUUUAACUUGUCCUCUGUCUUCACCCUCU